AAUUAAUAUAACGCAGAAGACGUGCAAAUUAAUUGCAAUUAAUAUAAAACAAAAAGACUUGCAUAGAACUUGCGAAUUGAUUCCAAAUGAUUUGCAAAUGAAGUGAAUAAAAACUUGUAAAUAAAUUGAAAAGAUUUCUUUGUUUCAGUUUUAUUAUUUUCCGUUUGUGUCAAUGCUGUAAAAGUAAUUCAAUGAUGCAGACAAGCUACAUUCGAGGUAAAGAUGUUUUCGAGACUGUCGUUCCACUUUGUCGUCAACAUUAUGGAAUAAUUAAGCAAGUGUUCUCAAGUCCCGAUCAAGUUAUAUCAAAGUUUAUUCUCAACAUUUAUCAAUUGAGAAUUCAUCAAUUUGUGAGCACAAAAUUAACUGAUGAUAGCAAAGACGAUGCUAAAUACCUCAAAACAUUGCAUUAUUUAUAUUUGAGAACAAUGAAGUUGUCGAACGAUCUCAGUGAAUUCAUCAAAGAUUCCAACGACGAUUUGCUUUCUAAAUUAACACAAAACAUGUUUUCGAAACAUUUAGCAACGUACAUUGACACUGAACUUUUUUUUUUUGAUAAAACUUGUUCAAUGGAAGUUAGAAAAUUCUACGACAGUAAAAAUCAUCAAAAGAAGCAAACGGAAAGAUUUCAAGAUCUCAAACGAGACAUGCAAGCGAUCAUCAGUGCAAGGACCAACAUAAAUAUCGUUCAAAUCGACAAUUAUGGUGGCGAAACAUUUUUGUCUGAAGAACUCGCAAUAAAUUUACUUCAAGAAUCGACAGCUGCUUUUGAUCGUUGUUCAGUUUUGUCUAAAGAAGCGGAAACACCGACAAAUAUUAUUAAGCUGGCAGAUAUUCUCCUGAAAUAUUUAAUCACAGAACAUUGCGACUAUGCAGUCGAUCUUGGCAUUCAAUCAAUUCCAAUUGCUGACACCAAAUCUGCACCUCAAAUUUAUUUCUUUGAUGUUGUUCAGAAGACCAACACAAUCAUUCAUCUCAUGGAGAAAACUUACAACGCCAGUAUUUUGCCUUAUGUUAUUUCAACAUCAAAAUAUGUUGAUUGCAUGCACAAGAAGAGAUUCUGCUUGGAAUCAAUUGAGAAUAAAUUAGAUAAUGGCUUGGAUCGCUCAUUGAACUCGAUUUGUAAUUGGAUGAAAAUUUAUCUGCAAAGUGAACAGAAGAAAACUGAUUUCAAACCGGAAUCGGAUAUUGAUACUGUCGCUUCAUCAGCAUGUUCAGCUGUUUGUCAACACAUAAAUUCAUGCAUUGCAAGGAUUAAGAAAACCAUUGACGGUGAGAAUCUUGUUGAAGUUCUUCAAGAGUUAGGCGUGAGAUUUCAUCGCGUUAUUUAUGAACAUUUGCUUCAAUAUCAAUACAACACUUUAGGUGCAAUGGUCGCAAUUUGUGAUGUCAACGAAUAUCGAAAAUGCGUAAGAAAACUUGGUGACUCUUUAGUCUCUCAACUGUUUGACAUUCUUCAUGCGUUGUGCAAUUUAUUGUUAGUUAAACAUGAAAAUCUGCAAGAGGUUUGUAGUGGCGAAACUUUAAAUUAUUUAGACAAGUCUGUUGUUAUGAAUUUUAUUCAAUUGAGAAGCGAUUAUAAAACUAUUAAGCAAGUAACAGCUUCACUCAAAACUUACAAUUAA